GACUUUGACCAAACCAACAAUUCCACUACAGUCUAUAAACCCUGCAUCUCCAUGUCCGUCUAAAUUUUCUGCGGAAAACCCUAGCUUUCCUAUUUUCCUCGAAAUCACAGAAUUUCAAAGUUGGAGAAAAGAUGGCAGGUGGAUCAGAUGCUGUGGAGAGCACGGCCUUGUCUUGUGCUAGAUGUGGCAAACCUGCUCAUCUGCAGUGCCCCAAGUGCGUAGAACUAAAGCUUCCCCGUGAAGGUGCCGCCUUCUGUUCCCAAGAGUGUUUCAAGGCAUCCUGGAGUUCUCAUAAAUCUGUUCACUCGAAUGCAAAAUCUUCUUCCCCUGCACCUGAAAAUUCUAGUGAACAAAAUUCAGGCCUGCGCAAUGAUGGCUGGCUUUACUGUUUGCGGAAAGGACAAGCGCGGACACCAAAACUUCCACAUUUUGACUGGACAGGACCAUUAAGACCAUAUCCAAUAUCACAGAAACGUAUAGUACCUGCCCAUAUUGAGCAACCUGACUGGGCAAUUGAUGGAAUUCCUAAAAUUGAGCCCAAUAGUGAUCUGCAACAUGUUGUGGAGAUCAAGACUCCAGAGCAAAUUGAGAGAAUGAGAGAAACUUGCCGGAUUGCAAGAGAAGUUUUGGAUGCUGCUGCUCGGAUUGUAAGACCUGGAAUUACUACUGAUGAAAUUGAUGCUGUUGUUCAUGAAGCAACUAUUGCUGCUGGAGGAUAUCCAUCUCCUUUAAAUUAUCAUUUCUUUCCAAAGUCUUGCUGCACGUCAGUAAAUGAAGUUAUCUGCCAUGGGAUUCCUGAUGCAAGGAUAUUAGAGGAUGGAGAUAUUGUAAAUGUUGACGUGACUGUGUACUAUAAAGGGGUACAUGGUGACUUGAACGAAACAUUCUUUGUGGGUAACGUUGAUGAAGCAUCUAAACGGCUGGUUCAGUGUACAUAUGAAUGCCUGGAAAAAGCAAUAGCAGCUGUUAAACCUGGAGUCCGUUUUCGGGAAAUGGGGGAAAUCAUUAGCCGGCAUGCUUCUAUGUCUGGUUUGUCUGUGGUGAAAUCUUAUUGUGGUCAUGGAAUUGGCGAACUCUUCCACUGUGCACCAAAUAUACCCCAUUAUGCAAGAAAUAAAGCUGUUGGAGUGAUGAAGGCGGGCCAGACAUUUACCAUCGAACCUAUGAUAAAUUCUGGUGUUUGGCGCGACCGAAUGUGGCCUGAUGGAUGGACUUCUGUAACUGCAGAUGGGAAACGCAGUGCCCAAUUUGAACAUACGCUUCUGGUUACGGAUACCGGAGUUGAAGUUCUCUCGGCGCGCCUUCCCUCGUCUCCGAAAGUGUUUCCUUGGGUAAGUCCAUAAAUGGAUUAUUUAUUUGUCCAGCGAAGGUGAUUGGUGAGAUAAUUGAAGCAACAUUUUGCAACUUCUUGAGGAAUGCGGUUUUCUUGUUGCUUACUGUUGUAUUUGUACUUCUGCCUAUUAUCAAAUUUUGAGUUAAUUUUUUUUCCAGUUUUAAAUGUUUGUAUAAUUUUCAGCAACAGAUAAUAAGAUAGCAAAUGAGAGGGCUCGGAUUUUCUUAUUUA